AUGCAUUCUGUUGUAACGAAGCGAUUCGUAAACAGCCAUUUUUCUCACGUCUCUCCCAACCCUGUUCAACUCCCCUCCAUGCAGAUGGACGAGGCGGCGGAUAUGGUGCCUCAGCACUUCGGCACACUCCAUAUCAUUAUAAGUUACCUGGUCAAGAAGUUCAUGCUACAGAUCGACGUGGGCCAGUCAAUGGAGAUACCGGAUAAGCUUCACGGCGGAUGCUCGUCUUAUCAGGUACGUCUCUUCGUUUGGCUCAUUGGGGUCGGUGUCAGGUGUCACUCCUGA